UUUUCCGAACUCAGUUUUUUGUUUUUAUAUCCGAUUUUGUUUUUGUCCGACCUGUGAUUGUCGACGUACGGCUGACUGUACGAGACUCCCGCCCGGCGUCCAAGAGAGAGAGAGAGAGAGAGAGAGAGAGAGAGAGAGAGAAUUGAAGAUGGAUUCGGAAUCUGGAAUGAUUGAGCACGAAGUCUAUGCGAGGGUGGGACUGCUGGGCAACCCAAGUGACGUCUACUACGGGCGCACCAUCUCCUUCAGCCUCGCCAACUUCUCCGCCACCGUCCGAUUGCAACCCUCCCACCACCUCGUCAUCUCCCCUCACCCCACCCACGAUCUCGUCCAAUUCAACUCCCUCCCCCACCUGGUGGAUAGAUUGGAUAAUGAAGGUUACUAUGGGGGUGUGCGUCUGCUUAUGGCAGUUUGCAAAGUUUUUCACAAUUAUUGCAAGGACAACAAGAUCGGCCUUCAGGGAGGGAAUUUUACUCUCUCAUAUGAUACUAAUAUCCCUCGACAGAUGGGUCUUUCAGGUUCUAGUGCGAUUGUGUGUGCUGCACUUAACUGCCUUCUUGACUUCUAUAAAGUGAGGCAUUUAGUUAAAGUAGAGGUCAGACCAAACCUCGUCCUUAAUGCAGAGAAGGAACUUGGGAUUGUUGCUGGUCUGCAGGACAGAGUAGCACAGGUCUACGGGGGGCUUGUUUACAUGGAUUUUAGUAAGAAAUACAUGGAUGACUUGGGCCAUGGAAAAUAUGCGCCCAUGGAUAUCAAUCUUCUCCCACCUCUGCAUCUUAUCUAUGCUGAGAAUCCAAGCGAUUCUGGGAAGGUGCACAGUACAGUCCGGCAAAGGUGGCUUGAUGGUGACAAGUUCGUAAUAUCCUCAAUAGAAGAAGUAGCAAGUUUACCUUUAGAAGGACGGACAGCAUUGCUAGAAAAGAACUAUACCAAAUUUGCAGACCUCAUGAACCGUAAUUUCGACCUUCGAAGGGCCAUGUUUGGAGAUGAAGCGCUUGGUGCUCUAAACAUCCAGAUGGUGGAGGUAGCCCGGAGUGUUGGUGCUGCGGCAAAAUUUACCGGUAGUGGAGGUGCCGUGGUUGCAUUGUGUCCCAAUGGACCUUCACAAGUAAAGCUGCUGGAGGAUGCAUGUCAAAAAGUUGGAUUUGUCAUUCAACCAAUCAAAGUUGGUCCUUCUUGUCUAAAAGAGAUUGACCUCAAAACCCUUUCGCCACAGUAGACAUAAUUUCAUCCAUGGAGUUCUAUUUUUAUCUCACCCAAAACUGUCUGGUUGAGCCUUGAUACUUUUCUUUUACUUCCAUAAUUCAACAUUUUUUGUUCAUCAGUGAAAUGUCCAAUUGACAUUUUCUGAAUUUGUCAAGCUAAUAAAACGUGCAAAAUUGCAAAUCACUCA